GACCUGGACGGCUGUGUCAUCCGACAGACCAACACUCAGUUUGCCUAUGGCUAUGAAUAUCUGGGAAACUCUGGGCGGCUGGUCAUCACCCCACUUACUGACAGGUGCUACAUGACCCUGACCACAGCCCUCCACCUCCACCGGGGAGGGUCCCCCAAAGGUCCUGCAGGCACUGGCAAGACAGAGACAGUGAAGGACCUGGGCAUGUACGUGAUUGUGGUGAAUUGCUCUGAAGGCCUGGACUACAAGUCGAUGGGGCACAUGUACUCUGGCCUGGCACAAACAGGUGCCUGGGGCUGCUUUGAUGAGUUCAACCGCAUCAACAUUGAAGUGCUGUCUGUUGUGGCUCAGCAGAUCCUUUCCAUCCUCUCAGCUUUAGCUGCCAACAUGACUCGCUUCACCUUUGAAGGCCAUGAAAUCAACUUGGUGUGGUCUUGUGGCAUUUUUAUCACCAUGAACCCAG